CUUGGAUUUUCGUAAUAGUCAAGGUCAAACUGAUAGCUUAAGACUUAGUAUUUAAACAUGUAUAAAUUGUCAAGACAAAUAAUUCCAAGGCAUUUACGCUUAUCUCUAUCACAAAAAAGAUUUUUAUCCGAGGCACCUGAUCAGGAAAACGACAAUGACGUAAGAACUCGUGUAUUGCUAGCCUCACUUAAAUUCGUACCGCAGCACGGUUGGACUACUACUUCUCUUGCUGAAGGAGCGAAAUCUGUUGGCCUACCAUCGACUGCACAUGGCCUCUUUCCGAAAGGAGGCAUCGAUCUUAUUCAUGGUUUUUAUGCUCAUUGCAACCAGGAUUUAGUAAAUCAUUUGAAAACUGAAAAAGAAAUCGUUCAAAAAAAUAUGACAUCGUUCAUUCGUGAUGCUGUCGAAUAUAGAUUAAGAUUAAAUUCACCAUUUAUUGGUAACUGGCCUAACGCUAUGGCAAAAAUGGCACUACCCCAAAAUGCUCCAGAAUCUUUAAAACUUUUAGCCCAACUUUGUGACGAUAUAUGGUACGAGGCAGGCGAUAAAUCUACUGAUAUUAACUGGUAUACCAAACGAGGUCUUUUAGCAGCAGUUUACAAAUCUAGUGAAUUCUAUAUGAUUCAAGAUACAUCUGAAGAUUUUAACGCAACUUGGAAAUUUUUAGAUAGGCGUUUAAAAGAUCUCUCAACUGUUGGAAAAUUUAUAAGAGAUACGGGAAAUAUGGGAGAGCAGAGUGUUGAUAACUUCUUCGCUCUGUUCGAAGUAUUCAAAAAUACAAUUGGAUUUAAUAGUAAACGAAGAUAAUAUCAAUCUACGUUUAUGAAAAAACAAAGCAAAAAGACAGUUUAACACUUAUUUUGUAUUCUGUUCUUUGAAAGCCAUUUUUUUUAUAAACACUGAAAUUGGUUCUAUUUCUUUGAAUAUAUUAACUAUUUGUUAAAAAACUUGAAUAAACGAUAUAUUUUUGUUAUCACAAAAAAAACCCAUCUCUUUUAUCAAACUGGACAGUUGACUCUAGGAGAAAAAAAAGAGAUGAAGAAAAUAGAUACGAUAAAAAGAGAAAAGUUUACUACAUCUUAUCAAAUAGUUACGAUUGUUCUAAGCAAAACCGUAAUUAUUUUGCUAUUCUUUUAAAGUGUUUUUUUUCACACAGCUGAUAAAAAAAUUUGCACCUAUUGCUAUUAAAUCUUAAAGAAAGUAAAUGAACAUUAUUGUUUUACUUUCGUCUUAGAUGACCUCACUUUCCUAUUAUUCUUUCUAUUUUUAUAAUUACUAAGAAACUCUUACUUAAAGGUCAAGACCGUUUAACGAACUAAAUAUACUAAUUAUUAUAUCGGUGGGUGUCUAAUUGCAAACGUCGUAAGAGCAGCUUAUUAAUUAACCUUUAUAAUCCUCCCCCUAAAAUCUUCUUAGAUUAUAAAGCAAUAGAUUAUACCCUAAGAAUACUUCUUAAAAAAGAUUGAAAACAGUCAGACUUCUACAGAAAAAAGAUUAUCCGUAAUAUCUCAGGGGUAGAUUCCACCAACACGGCGACGUGGGAUUAUUAAUAAAAAACAAUAUCAAGGAGAGGUACUCUGUCAAAGAGAAA